AGGGAGUCAACCCCAACAUUGCAACGUGUGUUUGUUAGUGUGGUAAAACUGACGCGAGAUUUUAUUUAGUAAAUAAAGCAAAACGACUUUCCGCCAAACCCCAUCAACAAAGUGCCUAAAAUGUAAUCAAGUGUAGAAUAAAAAUGUGCGCCUAAGUGAUUAAAAUGCAAGAGUGCAGCAAGCCCGAGAAACCAAAAAUAAUCGGACCUAAGCCGUCAAUUCCGUCGAAGCCCAAAAUUGUGCCACCUGUGAAUGUCCGGGGCCAAAGGGUUGUUAAGGGCAACGAGCGGUGUUUGGUGAGCGACUCGAGAAGAGCAUCGCUGUCCGAACACAAGCCCAAAGAAAUCCCCAAGGAGGUGAGCCGAUCUUUGUCGCAAACCGAAAAAAGGGAGGUUUUUUCCACACGGACUUCACAAAGUCUGCAUCCGAAAAGUGCCAGCGUUGAAACGAACGUCAAGUAUGACGAGUAUUCAGCCACUUACAUUAGCGAAAAAUGUGAUACACACACUAGCUUCGAAGCCUAUAAGAAAAUCGAAGAGGUGACCCAGAAAGCCCCCAACUCCCCCAGCACCGUCUGCUGCAGUAUCUUAUCCAACGUAACGACCGACUGCUGCGGUAUAAUCAACGUAAACAAAAAAGAGCUCAACGGCAAAACCAUGACUAAAAUCGACUCCCUCGACUCCAACUCGUCCGACUCCGGCGGCUUCAAGGACUUCAUCCAGCUGGACCUCGUCAAGGCCGAGCCCCAGGUCCCCUGCCACCAGCGCAAGGCCUCGCAGCCGGAGUUCCUCGCCGACAAGGCCUUCGGCCACCAGCGGAAGGCCUCCCAGCCCGACCACCUCGCCCCCUUCGCCCACAACAAACAAACCUUCGUGGCCAACGCACAAGCCUUAGCGCAGUUUUUGCCGCAGACUGAACAGAAACUCCUCCAGCACAGGCCCGACGACUCCUUCCGCCAGCAGAUCGCCAAAUUCAGCGCAGUGCAAAAGACUGACGACACCAAAGCGAGGCCCAUACCACAAAUCAUAUCGCAGAGCCAGUUCCAGCAGUCCACCAGGAAGCUGGAGGAGCUGCUGUCCCAGCGGCUGGAGAAGGACAAGGUCAUCAGGAAAGGGCAGAAUUGUCUGCUUGACGGCGAGUCUAGCAGCCAGGACGUGGAGCAGAAAAUGAUGGUGCAGAAGCAGAUGCAGCAGAAGUUGCAAGCGGAUUUGCAACAAACUGUUAAACAAAUCCAGGAGAUACAAAGCAUCGAACUGCGAUUGCCGCAAAACCGAAAAUGGAGCGAGAGUAACAGGAGCCAGCCCGCCAUCGGCCUGAAACACACACCAAAAUCAAGGCCCACAAUAUUUGGAACUGUCGCUUCCGACCUCACACCAAAAGACUGUUCGAAUAGGAGGAGCUUGCCACAAACUCCUCAAACUAAAAGUUUCUCGACUGUCUACAACGGCGAGGCAGUACAGGAAAACGCCACAGAUACCGCCUUGCAGCCAGAUAAUGCCUUGGUCUACCGCGAUGGCAACUUGCUGUCUGGCUCCCUUGAAGCUUUAAUCCAGCACAUGGUUCCAACCGACGUCUACUACCCAGACAGGGCCUACCUAUUUGCCUUUCUAUUGUCUUCACGCCUAUUCAUUAAGCCCCACGAUUUGCUUGCCAGAGUUCGGAGUUUGUGUGAGACGCAGCAAGGACUGGGGAGUGCAAACGGCGGCGCUUCCCAUCCAGGACAGGCCCGAUUUGCCGAACACUUAGUACAAUUGCUUGCAGAAUGGACCGAGACGUUCCCUUACGACUUUAGGGAUGAGAGGGUCAUGCAGCAUGUCCGGACAAUAACACAGCAGUGUUGCGCCAUAAAUCCCAGUAUUCGGGGAAACGUUUCGUCCCUCCUGCACAAUCUUCUUCAGAGGUUGACCGCGCUAGAACAGUACGAAAAAACGCUGGAUUUGUCGGCGCAACCGCAAGAUGAAAACUGCACGGAUAUUUCGGAAGUUUGUCCAGUGCCGGCGGUUCUUGCACAACAACUCACACACGUUGAACUUGAAAGGCUUUCGUUCAUCGGCCCCGAGGAGUUUGUGCAAGCUUUCGCGAAGGAGAAUCCGCAUUUGGAGACGUCGUUCAAAGAUAUGAAGAAGACGCACAAUUUGGAACAAUACGUGCAAUGGUUUAAUAGACUGAGCUAUUUUGUAGCGACGCAAGUUUGUAAAUACCAGAAGAAAAAACAGCGAGUGCGCGUGGUGGAAUACUGGAUUGAAACAGGCCGUGAGUGCUUCAACAUCGGCAAUUUCAACAGUCUGAUGGCCAUCAUCGCCGGCCUAAAUAUGUCACCGAUUUCAAGGCUAAAGAAAACUUGGAACAAAAUCCACUCUGGUAAAUUCGCCAUACUCGAGCACCAAAUGGACCCCAGCAGUAACUUUAGUAGCUACAGAAGCACGCUUAAAGCCGCCAUGUGGCGCAGCCACGGCGCCAAAGACCAGCGACAGAGAAUCGUGAUCCCGUUCUUUAGUUUGCUGGUCAAGGAUUUGUAUUUCCUCAACCAGGGGUGUUCCAAUAAGCUUCCAAAUGGCCACAUAAAUUUUGAAAAGUUCUGGCAGUUGGCGAAACAGGUCACGGAGUUUAUGGCCUGGAAGCAGGUGACGUGUCCGUUCGAGAAGGACCCCAAAGUCAUUUCAGUUCUGCAACAUGGACCAAUUUUAAACGAGAACGCGCUCGCGCUCGCCAGCUUCGACUGCGAGCCCCCGGAGAACAACCAGGAGAAGGAGAGGUGCAAGACGCUCAAAGCCGACAGCACUGCGAUGUAACUCUUUUCGAUGUACAAAUGGUUUGUUUUAACUGAUCUGUAUAUAAUUGAUUGAUGUCUUGGAUUUUAUUUUUGUUUUGUACAGGAUAUAGUUUUCUUUUUUAAAAAACAGAACACUUGAUAAGUGGUUAUUUUCCUAAUAUGAAGUAUUUAAUGUGAUUUCUAGCUUUUUAUCGAGUAAUUUAGUUGGAAACUGGCACAACUUUUAGAGUACCUUCACCCACACGGAUUCCGGUGUUAAAUGCUGAUAUUAAUUGAGUACCUAAUUGCCAUUUUUAUAUUAAGUACCGCUUUAGCUUUUAUUCCUUGAGCGAAGUUUUGAUGUAUUUUUCAUAAUAAAUCACGAAAACUAAAAAAUAUUCACACACUUACAUUUUUGAAAAUUUGUACCUAUUUGUAAUGUUUUAUACCUCAGUGUUUUUACAUAAUGUUUGUAAUGAUGUACUUAAUAUACUUGACCAAUGUAUUAACAGUAUUUAAUCUAAAUUAGUAUUCGUCUUGUCAGGAACUCACACUCAAUCACAUUUGUUAUAAAUACGCCAUGCAAUUUUUCAUUGUAAAUGAAUGUGAUUAUCAUAAAUGGGUAAAUAUUUAUUGGAUGUAACAGAUGUGAUUACUCUAUUGAUUGCAAUGUAGAGCCGAACUCGCUACAUAUGCUUUGCCUCACGCUGCAGAUAGGAUAUUAAACAAUUCAAAAAGACUUAAAUCUAUCAGUAUUCUAGUCACUAGGUAAGAAAUGCAUCGCUAAUUAUUACACUAUAUGUUGUAUUGUAGUUAUUUAUAAAAUAUAUAAAUCAUUUGUAUCGUACGCAUUGUUUUAUGUAUAAACUCUGUAUUAAA